ACACACACACAGGGAAGGGGCAGGAAUCAGACCCCAACAACCCCUGAGUUUCACCUCAGGCUGCAGGAAGAUACGGCGAAGUUUGUAUAGCUUCUUACUUUUUACAGCAGGCUGACGACUGAGUGUGAAUCAGUUCAGUUGGUUUCUCAUGAAACCUGCCUUCUUGACCAAGUCUUUGAGCUGAUUAUAAAUGAGAAGCCGCCAAACAGCAACAGCCUCUUUCUUGACGAAGACUCUGAGAAACCCCAUCAACCUGAGAAGGACCUUCACUGGUUGCACAGAGCCAUUAAAAAACAAGUGUCUGGACCCCAAGUCAGGAUGUGCUCCAUCAACCGAAAUGCCAUCAAGACAUUCCUGCAUCGCAACUCUUUUGUGCUCCUCACUGUAGGAGCAGUUGUAGUAGGAGUCAUUUUGGGAUUUGCUGUGCGACCACAUAACCUAUCAGCGAGAGAAAUAAAGUAUUUAUCCUUCCCUGGGGAGAUACUGAUGAGGAUGUUACAGAUGAUGGUCCUCCCACUCAUUGUAUCCAGUCUUGUUACAGGUGUUUCAUACUUGGAUAGUAAAGCCACCGGAAAGAUGGGAGUUUGGGCUAUCGUUUAUUAUGUCAUGACAACUUUUAUUGCUGUGUUCAUUGGUAUUGUCUUGGUGACUGCCAUAAGACCUGGAAAAGGCAAAAGAGACACCCCAAUGUCUGAUAGUGACAGGAUGGAGUCGGUUACAGCUGCUGAUGCAUUUCUUGAUCUAAUUAGAAAUAUGUUCCCUUCUAAUUUAAUGGAAGCCUGCUUUAAACAGUACAAAACACUUUACAAGAAAACCAUUUCGACAAAAAACAUCACUGUGCUGGUGAAUGGAAGUGCUGUUGUUACUAAUACUACUGAUUUCAGCCAAAUGGGAAAUAACAGCACAGUCCUGCAGACCAUCCAGGAGACAGUGGAGGAGAUGAUUCCAGUCCCGGGUUCCUCUAAUGGAGUGAAUGCUCUAGGUCUGGUGGUGUUCUCCAUGUUCUUCGGCAUUGUGAUUGGGAAUAUGAAGCAGCAGGGCCAACCGCUGAAGAAUUUCUUUGACUGCCUCAAUGACGCCAUAAUGCGCUUAGUAGCAAUCAUUAUGUGGUAUGCUCCUCUUGGGAUUCUCUUUCUAAUUGCUGGGAAAAUUGUUGAAAUGAAAGACCUAUUACAGGUUGGAGGACAGCUGGGAAUGUACAUGCUGUGUGUCAUCAUCGGUCUGCUGGUCCACAGCCUCAUUGCUCUGCCUCUACUCUACUAUUUGGGGACACGGAAGAACCCCUACACUUUCAUCUCUGGUCUGCUUCAGGCCUUAAUUACAGCCUUUGGAACAUCCUCAAGUUCUGCCACCCUUCCUAUCACAUUCCGAUGCUUAGAGGAGAACAACCACGUGGACAAACGUGUAACACGCCUUGUUUUGCCAGUGGGUGCCACCAUAAAUAUGGAUGGUACAGCUCUGUAUGAAGCAGUGGCUGCCAUUUUCAUAGCCCAAGUUAAUGACAUGGACCUGAACUUCGGUCAAAUCCUCACCAUCAGUAUCACAGCGACUGCUGCCAGCAUCGGAGCAGCAGCCAUUCCUCAAGCUGGUCUGGUUACCAUGGUGAUUGUAUUGACAUCCGUGGGACUGCCCACCGAGGACAUAACACUCAUCAUUGCUGUGGAUUGGUUCCUGGAUCGCCUCAGAACCACCACCAAUGUGCUGGGAGACUCGUUAGGAGCUGGCAUUGUGGAACAUCUGUCACGAGAGGAACUGCAGAACCUGGAUGCUGGGAUCAGCAGCUCUGUGAUUGAGGUCAAUGAAAAACCUUACCAACUCAUCUGCCAGGAGGAUGACUGUCUCAAACAUCGGAACAGUGAAACAACAAUGUAAUAACCGAUAGCAUAGACAGCAUCUAGAAAGGUACAGUGGUGGUGUUUUAAGCAUCAAGUUUAAGCAAGAGCGCAUUUCAGUAACAGAAAUCACAAAUACAUCAAGACAAAAACGUUUAAUUAGAACCAAGAACAUUAAAAAGCCGUUAAGCUGACAAUGAAAUACUUGUGGAAAUAAUAUUUGCACACAUUCAGCAGAAUUUCAUUGAUUUUUUUUAGUUCACCUGUUAGAUUAGGAGUUAUGAUAGACUACAGGCAGGUUAAGUUGCCUGUUUAUGGUUUUGUUUUACUUUUCAACUACAAAAUUAAUUAAUUUUAAUUGUAAACUUUCCCAAGUGCUUAAAUAUGAAAUGAAAUAUUUUUUGGUAUUUAUACUCCCCCACAAAGUAGGACAAGACUGUCACCUUUUAUAAGAAUAAAAAAGAAAUAAUUCACAAAACUAAAAUAAAUUACAUAUAUAGAUAUAGAUAUAUAGAUCCUAUAUAUAAUUGGAGGCUUUAUUCUACAUAUUUCAGUAAAAAAAAAAAGCUCAGGAAAAAAAAAGCCACACAGUUUAUGGGUAAAGUAUUUUAAGCUUUUACAAGAUUUUACAGAUUUUAAAAGCCCAAAGGACUGUGGGUCAUGAAUGUGAUCUCUCUUAAUGAUAUAUAUAUAUAUAUAUAUAUAUAUAUAUAUAUAUAUAUAUAUAUAUAUAUAUAUAUAUAUUUGGAUCAAUUGUAUUUGGUUAAUUAUUGUAAAACAAGUUAUCUGGAUAAAACAACAUUGUGAAAUGUAAUACAUCUAUAAAUAUUAGCUAAUAAAUGAGCUAAUAAAUCUAGCUCAAAGCUGUCUGACAGCAGACAGAAAACUAAUUCAUGCCAAUUUAGUGACUUAGUUAUUGUACAAUUCAUAUAAUUUUAUGGGGAAUGACUGGAAUUUUAGUUUAGUAUCCAUAAUGUCAAGUGUGGAAAGUCAAAAACAAGGUAUGGGUUUGAUCAUUUUGCUCAUUCUUGACAUUUUAGUUCAGUAAUAUGAUCAAUUAAGUGUCAUAUUUUGUGUUUUGUCAAAAGCAAUAUUUCAAAAACUGAAAUGCUGAUGUGGAUGUAUCAGAAACAUUCAGCGUAAUCCCUGGAGAUAAAGAGAGUGAGUGUGUGUGGGUUUGUGUAAAGGGGAACCGUGUGAUUGAGCUGAUUGUGAGGCCUAAUAAAUCUUAUCUGUUUUUAUCACUUUAUUAGAGCAACACAACUUGUAAUGUUUUCUUCCUUUUAUACCACAACAAUUUUGCCACUGAUUAUAAUUUUACAAAAUUAAAAUAAUGAACUACAGCUAGCAUUUUUGUAAUCCUGUGAAACAUCUGCAAGACAAAUUAGAUUGCGUUAUCGCUAAUAUUACAACAGCAAUAAACAAUGGAUUCUUACUUUCUCUUUAAGUAAAGAAAGGUGUCUAUCCUGAAGACUUUCUCAAGUGGAAAACAGCAUUACCUCUGAC